UUCUAGAAUGAUCUAGGUUCAGUAUUCAGGUUUCUAGCCUACAGUGAGACACUUUUGCUAAUUAUUUGCUUUUCAUUAUCUGUCUUAACUGAGAAACUUCCUAUCUAUAAAUGAAUAUAAUCUUUUUUCUAAUAUUCCACUGCAGUUAGGCAAUAUGUCGGAAGUUAAUAAUUUCACCUCCUCUCACAGACUUUUAGGCCUCAUUUCAUCAGAGGAGAAAUCAAAGUUUGUCGGUUAAUUUUGUUCACCUACCAUAAAGAGUGCUAUGUCUAAGUUUGUCUAAGGCAAAUCUGCUAUUCACUGAAUUCGUGAGAUGUUUUCAUCUGCAAUUUAAUGUUUGUCUUAUUAUUCAAGAAAAUUUAAUUUACAAGGGGUCCUCGGGUUACAACGUUUCGACAUACGAUGUUUUGAAUUUUUAAAAAUUGAGUUGUGAGUGUUCUUAGGUGCAGGUGAGUGCAGCCAUUUCCUGAUUUUUCUUAUCCUCUUUACUAAAUGACAUUUCUCUCUCUUAGUUUCUCUCUCCUGCUCUCUUUCUCUAUAAAAAUCACAUUUUCUUUACUGCUACUUUUAAGCCAAAUUGUUUUUGAAAGAAACAGAAGAUAUAUACCCUCUGAGGAAAGUGCUUCCUAUAUUUGAAUAUUCAUAAGAGCAUGUGACUUUACGUAUUUCCUGUAAGGAAGAACAAGUCGAAGCUUCUCGAUCAAUUCAUCUGGAUUCAUCUGGAUCUUCCUGGAUUGUCUAUGUGACUACGAAAACUAGUCAGAAAGUCUUUCAACGCCUGAGACGAUAACAACACAAUGGCCUUCAAUCAGAAUUUCCACAGGAAGUCUCAACAUCGAGGCCGUCUGAUGAAGAAAAUUAAAAAAAAGAAGAAAGAAGAAAGAUCUCAGUAUGCUGAGGACCCAAGUGGCUGGACAAGGCCAAAGGGACUCCCAUGUAACACCAGGCUGCAGCAGAUGGAUGGCCAUUUCCGGAGGGUGGGACUGGACCGUGUGUCUGCCUGGGGGGUCACAAGCCAGGAUCCCGAGAAGUUUCGCCCUGUGCUUCAAAAUCAAGUCCGACUGAUGGAGAAAAGGAAAAAGAAGAUCAAAGUAAUGGACUUCAUUGAGAAGAGGAUGAAAUCAUAUGACGUUUAUCCUCAGGGUCUUUCGAAAUAUACAGGCUUCUUGCUGUUUGAUUCUUAUAGGCUAAGAAAUGUACAUUCCAUUAAGGAUUUUACUAUCGAAGAAAUUUUACAGCAGGAGGUUUUUACCUUUGAAGACAUGAAGCUUGUUGCUUAUGUCUGUCUUAUGGGUAAUUGGAAAUACGAGAAGGAUUUUGCUUUACUGCCAUUGGAUAUGCGCAAACAAUGUGCUAAGAUACUUCCUUCUGCUAUUUUAAGUAAAUAUGGACCUCCCUCCAAGAUGGGAGGAAUCUACAGUAUUUGUCAUCCUGAUAGGGGGGGUGUUGAUCCAAAUUCUAUUUUUGAAGAAAGAAAGUCUCUCGUUAUAUUUCCCAAUGAUUUUCAGUUGAUGAAUCGAGAAUUGAGGUAUAUACCAUGUUUGUUUACUAGGCCUUUGGGUUCCAUAAUCUUUGAGGAAAAUUGCCGGUUCAAAAACAGAGCAUCGUACUCUGCUGGCGUCCUUCGUUAUGAAUCUCAUGGAAAUAUAACCAGGGUGACUGAAUAUAACGUUUCCACAUUAUUAGAGUAUUUGUACAAAGAGAGGAUUGAAAUGAAACGUGAAAGAAAAUAUACAGUCUCCGUCACUAAAGAUGAUUGGCAAGGCUUUCUGCACCAUGCUGCAGUUUGUUAUAUUUAUGUUAAGGACCACUCGACAGCUACAGGCUUCUUGCUGUCUGAUCGUUAUAUCCUAACAAAUGCACAUGUCAUUAAGGAUAUUAGUAACAAAGGAAUUUUAGAGCGGGAGGUUUCUGUCAUGUUUACCUUUGAAGACAUGAAGGGUGGAACAUACUUCCUCCGUGUAAACGUAAAACCAGAAAUUCCUGCUCACCGGUUUGAAGGUAAUUGGCGACGCGGCCUGGAUUUUGCUUUACUAGAGCUGGAUCUGCAGGAGCAUGAGAUUCAGAUACUACCUCCUGCUAUUCUAAGUACAUAUGGACCUCCCUCAAAGACGGGAGGGAUCUACAUUAUUGGACACCCUGGUGGAGGGGGAAAAACGAGUGAGUUAUGUUACAUUACUGAAGAUCCCAUGUAUUUAGAGGAUAGAAUAUUCAGGUAUAAAACAAAUUUCACAGAAGGGUCCUCGGGCUCCCUAAUCUUUGGGGAUCAUUUUCAGUUACUAGGCAUGCACACUGGUGGCGACAAAUUAAGUGACGGAAGCGCAACUGGGUUCGGCAUUCCCAUGAAGAUUAUAUUAGACAAUUUGCUCCUGCAGUUGACAGAAAAAAUAAACAUGAACCUCUGUCAAAAUCUAUCCAUGAAGCAACGAUCGGUAAAACAUUCGGCCAUGACAACAAUGGUAUCCGCCAUCAAUAUUGCAAUGAUAUGUUAUGAAUUCCAAAAGCUGUAUAUCAGUCCUUGUGGUAUAGGGCAAACAUCCCAAGAAACAAGAUCUCAUGGAGGAUGACACAAUGAUGAAAAUUAACUAAUUGACUGUGGGAAACCAGAAACCACUAACUAGAAUUAUUGUCAUGUGCCUAGGCCAUUUCGAUAGUAAUGUGGACAGUAACUUCGAUAAAUUUCGAUAGUAACGUCCUUAAUGACAUGUGCACCUGUUUCAGGACCACCAUGAUUGUUCUGGUAACUGUCUUUCCCAACUGCAUUUCUUAAGAUUGAGUUUCUCGGUGUUUGUUG